CUCUUCUCUAUCGCAGAGACGUUCCGAACCGCGCGGUCGCUCUCUCUCUCACGAGAAAGCUCGGGUAAAGCCAAGAUCCACGGAAGGUUUCCACCCCUUUCCCCUUUUCUCCGCCCUCCACGUCCCUAUCCAAUGCCGAGAUCCACGUUCCAAAGUCAGAAAGCCAAGUAGCUGAAUCGUGGGCGGAAUGAUGGAGAGGAAGAAGUAUCCGAUCCGCGCGGAGGAUUACGAGUUGUUUGAGACCGUUGGAGAGGGUGUUAGCGCCGCCGUCCAUCGCGCUCGCUGCAUUCCCUUUGAUGAGAUCGUGGCGAUCAAGGUCCUUGAUUUUGAGAGAAAUAACAGCGAUCUUAAUAACAUCUCGCGUGAGGCCCAGACUAUGAUUUUGAUUGACCAUCCUAAUGUUCUCAAGGCACAUUGUUCCUUUGUCAAAGAUCAUAAUUUGUGGGUUGUCAUGCCAUAUAUGGCUGGCGGCUCUUGUCUUCAUAUAAUGAAAUCUAAUUAUCCUAAUGGUUUUGAGGAGGUUGCCAUCGCAACAGUUUUACGUGAAGCAUUAAAAGGCUUGGAGUAUCUUCACCGUCAAGGGCAUAUACAUCGCGAUGUUAAGGCUGGAAAUAUUUUGGUUGAUGCACGUGGGGAAGUGAAACUUGGAGAUUUUGGGGUUUCUGCUUGCCUCUUUGAUUCGGGUGACAGGCAACGGAUGAGGAAUACAUUUGUGGGGACGCCAUGCUGGAUGGCACCUGAGGUGAUGGAACAAAAAAACGGUUAUGAUUUCAGGGCAGAUAUCUGGUCUUUCGGAAUAACUGCUUUAGAGCUUGCUCAUGGGCAUGCUCCUUUUUCAUCUCAACCUCCAAUGAAGGUCUUGCUCAUGACGUUGCAAAAUGCUCCCCCAUCCCUUGAUAGUAAGAAAGAUAAGAAGUUUUCAAGGUCUUUUAAGCAUAUGAUUGCUAUGUGCUUGGUAAAAGAUCCUUCAAAAAGGCCUACUGCAGAAAAGCUGUUAAAACAGCCAUUCUUCAAGCAAGCAAGAUCCCAUGAUUACAUUGUUCGGAAAAUUUUGGAGGGAUUGCCUUCUCUUGGUGAUCGCUUUCAAGCAUUAAAGCAUAAGGAAGCUGAGUUAUUUGCACAAAAGAAAAUGCUGGAUGGGGAAAAGGAGGAGAUGUCGCAGAAUGAAUACAAAAGGGGAAUCAGUAGUUGGAAUUUUGACAUUGAAGACUUAAAGGCUCAGGCUUCGCUGAUUCGAGAAAAUGAGGACAAUGUUCCAGGUCGAGAUCCACAAGGAUGCCCAAAUUCUUUGUUUGAGCUUGAACCUUUGCAUGAAAGCAUGCCAUUAGGCAUGCCCCCUAUCACAAUAUGCUCCACUAAGGAUGAUGUUGAUGUUGAUAAUGAUGGAAAUCUGCAGAAAAAAGUAGAUCCCCUUCCAUCACCUGAACAUUCUGCAAAAUUUCGAAGAGUCAGAUCCAAUAUUUCUGAAAGUGAAUAUAUUUUAAAUGGUCAAAAUUCUCAGCAGUUCCAUGGCAAUGAUAUAGAAAAUACUGCAAAUCAUGAGUUAGAUAAUAAUGAAAAGCAUUGGGACAAUAUUCUCUUGCACUCUUGCCAUGAACAAAAGCUCUCAACCAGCUCAUGCUCAUCAGACAUUAUUCCAUCAUGCAAGGGAGAAAGUGUGAAGCAACAUAAUCUGCUCCAAAAUACAGAAAAUUGUAAUGGCUGGGCUUGUCACACAGCAGCUGACUUGCCCAUUGAACCAACACACAAAGCGUCCAAGUCAGCAGCAUCAAAUGCUGAAGAUAUUGACGAUAAAUCAAAGGCUCCAGUGGUGCAGCAAAGGGGGCGUUUUAAAGUGACAUCUGAGAAUGUUGAUUUAGAUAAGGCUCUUCCAUCUCUCAGUCUACCAAAGAGUCACAGUGUGCAGGUGAUUACUCAGCUUCCUUCAAGCACUCUACCAUCACCAUCUGAUGCUGCCCCAACUGUUCCUGGCUGGUCGCCUUUACCGCAGUUGCAUUAUAUGUUGCAGACAAACAUUCUUCAAAGAGAUAAUGUCCUUAAUUUGAUGAAGCAAGUGAGUACUGGUGACUCAUCAGCUACUCGUCCAGCUGAGGGUGUAUACAUAGCGGCAUCUACCCCUACAACUGAGAAGACUUUGCUGGAAGCAUCACAUGAAAGGGAGAAAGAGCUAUUACAGGAUAUCACUGAUCUGCAGUGGAGGCUUAUAUGCACCCAAGAAGAACUACAAAGGCUUAAAACCAAAAAUGCUCAGGUUUGAUGCAGAUGUCACAGCUCCACAAACCCAAAUAAAGCAGGGACAAGAUGCAGAAGCAAGGCUGUUAGACAUGAAGUGUUAAAGGAUAAUAAUGGGGCUAAAAAUAUUGAUGUCCUGUUGUAACUAGGAAUUACUCGAGGGUACAUCCUGCUAUGUGUUUUAUGACCUACAGUAGCACAGCAGUGGCUUGUAGAGUAAUUCAAUGCGUGACUUCGCAUGAUUGAAUGGUUGAAUACUUGUAGUAAUGCUCUCCAAAACGUGUAUAUAUAUUCUGUUUGGUUUCGCGUCA